CCGUCACGCCCAGGCGUCGUCCAGCGCCUCGUCCUCGCACGUUGUCUCUCCGCACACGCGCGUGGCCCCGUCUUCUCUCCGUGCCUCCGCCGCCGCGCUUCUCCUUUCGUUCCCAGCCACGCGUAGGACCUUUCCGUGUCGUCGCAGGGCCGCGCUCGUGCCUGAGUACCGUGUAGUCUGGUAGCUCUCAAAGAUGGUGAAGCUGGAUAUUCACACUUUGGCGCAUCACCUCAAGCAGGAGCGACUCUACGUAAACUCAGAAAAGCAACUUAUACAGAGACUCAAUGCUGACGUAUUGAAAACUGCUGAAAAACUGUACCGCACAGCAUGGAUUUCCAAGCAGCAGAGGAUUAACUUGGACAGACUUAUCAUAACAAGUGCUGAAGCCUCUCCUGCUGAGUGCUGCCAACAUGCUAAGAUCUUGGAAGACACACAAUUUGUGGAUGGGUACAAGCAGUUGGGAUUUCAAGAGACUGCUUACGGAGAAUUCCUGAACAGGCUUCGAGAAAACCCUAGGCUUAUUGCUUCCUGUCUGGUUGCUGGAGAGAAACUCAACCAGGACAACACUCAGAGUGUUAUCCACACCGUCUUUACCUCCAUCUAUGGCAACUGCAUCAUGCAGGAGGAUGAGAGCUAUCUCCUCCAGGUUUUACGGUACUUGAUUGAAUUUGAGCUCAAGGAAAGUGACAACCCCCGGCGGCUCCUGAGAAGAGGCACCUGUGCAUUCAGCAUUUUAUUCAAACUUUUUUCAGAAGGGCUCUUUUCUGCAAAACUCUUCCUCACUGCAACACUGCAUGAGCCGAUUAUGCAGCUGCUAGUUGAAGAUGAAGAUCACCUAGAAACUGAUCAAAACAAACUGAUUGAGCGGUUCUCUCCGGCACAGCAGGAAAAACUCUUUGGGGAAAAAGGCACAGAGAGGUUCAGACAGAAAGUCCAAGAGAUGGUGGAUUCCAAUGAGGCCAAGCUCGUAACCCUGGUGAACAAAUUCAUUGGCUAUCUCAAGCAGAACACGUAUUGCUUUCCACAUAGUUUGAGAUGGAUUGUGUCCCAAAUGUACAAAACACUCUCAUGUGUAGACAGGCUGGAGGUUGGGGAGGUGAGAGCAAUGUGCACGGAUCUUCUUCUAGCCUGCUUAAUUUGUCCAGCAGUUGUCAACCCAGAGCAGUAUGGAAUCAUUUCUGAUGCCCCGAUAAAUGAAGUGGCAAGAUUUAACCUGAUGCAGGUUGGGAGACUUCUGCAGCAGUUGGCAAUGACAGGCUCCGAAGAGGGAGAUCCACGCAUGAAAAGCAACCUUGGUAAAUUUGACAAAAGCUGUGUUGCUGCUUUCCUGGAUGUCGUGAUUGAUGGGCGCGCAGUGGAAACCCCUCCUAUGUCCUCAGUUAACCUUCUGGAAGGGCUGAGCCGUACUGUGAUUUAUGUGACAUACAGCCAACUUACUACUCUGGUGGGUUUUAUGAGGAAUGUGAUGUUGAGUGAUCAGCUGAGGGAAGAUCGGAUGGCUCUGGAAAACUUGUUGGCAAACUUACCCCAGAACAAACCAGGAAAAAGCAGCAGCCUUGAAAUGACUCCUUACAGUACCCCACAACUGUCUCCGGCAACCACUCCAGCCAACAAAAAAAACAGACUGCCUAUAGCGACUCGAAGCAGAAGCAGAACAAACAUUCAGAUGGACCAGCACGGAGACCAUGAGGGAUCCUCCCAGGAGACCAUCCCAGAAGUCCAGCCAGAAGAGGUGCUUGUGAUUUCUCUGGGGACAGGCCCACAGAUUACUCCGGGUAUGAUGUCAGAAAAUGAGGUCUUAAACAUGCAGCUUGCAGAUGGAGGACAAGGAGAUGUCCCUGUUGAUGAAACCAAACUCCACGGUAAACCUGAUAAAACCUUGCGCUUUUCCCUCUGCAGUGAUAAUCUGGAAGGAAUAUCUGAAGGUCCUUCAAAUCGUUCCAAUUCUGUGUCGUCUUUGGAUCUGGAAGGAGAGUCUGUCUCAGAGCUUGGGGCAGGGCCGUCUGGAAGCAAUGGCGUUGAAGCGCUGCAGCUGCUGGAACAUGAACAAGCCACGACUCAAGAUAAUCUUGAUGACAAGCUCCGUAAGUUUGAAAUUCGUGAUAUGAUGGGACUGACUGAUGAUAGGGAUAUAUCAGAAACUGUGAGCGAGACCUGGAGCACGGACGUCUUGGGCAGUGACUUCGAUCCAAAUAUUGAUGAAGACCGUUUGCAAGAGAUUGCAGGUGCAGCCGCAGAGAGUAUGCUGGGCAGCUUGCUGUGUUUGCCAGGUUCGGGAUCCGUGCUGCUUGAUCCCUGCACAGGUUCAACCAUUUCGGAAACCACCAGUGAAGCCUGGAGUGUGGAAGUGCUGCCAAGUGAUUCAGAGGCCACAGACCUAAAGCAGGAAGAGAGACUGCAGGAGCUGGAAAGCUGUUCUGGGCUGGGCAGCACCUCCGAUGACACGGAUGUGAGGGAGGUCAGUUCUCGUCCCAGUACACCAGGCCUCAGCGUCGUUUCAGGAGCCAGUCAAUUGACUUCUCCCCCUUCUCAAACGGAUUCUUUGCUGGCACUGUUUGAUCCCCUGUCAUCAAACGAAGGUCCAUUGGCAGUGGUUAGGCCUAAAGUGCACUAUGCAAGGCCUUCUCACCCACCACCAGACCCCCCGAUCCUGGAAGGAGCUAUGGGAGGUAAUGAGGCCAGGCUACCCAACUUUGGCGCUCACAUCUUAAUUCCAACUGACCUGGAGGUGUUCAAGCAGAGGCAUUCCUACCCCGAGAGGCUGGUCCGCAGCCGGAGCUCUGACAUAGUGUCUUCUGUGCGGAGGCCUAUGAGCGAUCCUGGCUGGAACAGACGACCUGGUAAUGAAGAGAGGGAGCUUCCCACCAACCACAGCUAUGGAGUAGCUAUUUUGGCUGCGCCUCAGUCCUCCUCUUCAUCACCCAGCAAAGACUCCUCCAGAGGAGAGAUCGAAGAACGGAAAGAUAGCGACGAUGAGAAAUCGGACAGGAACAAGCCCUGGUGGAGGAAACGUUUUGUUUCAGCAAUGCCCAAGGCACCUAUUCCAUUUAGAAAAAAAGAAAAGCAAGAAAAAGACAAAGAUGACUUGAUGCCAGACAGAUUCUCUGCUCUUACAGAUGAUCCCAGCCCCAGGCUAAGUGCACAGGCGCAGGCGGCAGAGGAUAUCCUGGACAAGUACAGGAACGCUAUCAAACGAACCAGCCCCAGCGAAGGAGCCAUAGUCAAUUAUGACAGUGCAGAGGCCAUGGGGGAUGGUGAAAGUAUGCAUGACUCGCCACGUGAUGAAGCCCUGCAGAAUAUGUCAGCAGAUGACCUCCCUGAUUCUGCAAGCCAAGUGGCCCAGCCCCAGGGCUCUGCUUUCUCCUACAGAUCUGUUCCUUGCCAAGCAUUCCAGUUCCUGAAUCGUUUCUGUUGCUCCACUCUGAGCUUUUCCUGUUUCUUGGGAAAUGACUGGCCCAGUACUGAACACCCUGUCCAAAGUCCAGUUCCACUGGUGCUGUGGGAAGGAAGACUGGUUCCCUGUCCCAUGAUGGAUGCAAAGAAGAAAUUGCGACUGGCUCUCUGUUCAGCUGAUUCUGUUGCCUUUCCUAUGCUGAGCCAUUCAACAAGAAACGGCCUACCAGACCACACGGACCCUGAGGACAAUGAAAUCGUAUGCUUCUUGAAAGUUCAGCUAGCUGAAGCCAUUAACCUGCAAGACAAGAACUUGAUGGCCCAACUGCAGGAGACCAUGCGGUGUGUAAGCCGCUUUGAUAACCGGACCUGUCGGAAGCUGCUGGCUUCCAUUGCAGAGGACUACAGGAAAAGGGCUCCGUACAUUGCCUAUUUGACUCGCUGUCGCCAAGGCCUGCAGACCACGCAGGCACACCUGGAGCGGCUGCUGCAGAGGGUUCUGCGUGAUAAGGAAGUGGCCAACAGAUACUUCACCACAGUCUGUGUGAGGCUGUUACUGGAAAGCAAAGAGAAGAAGAUAAGGGAGUUCAUUCAAGAUUUCCAGAAGCUGACAGCAGCGGACGAUAAAACAGCCCAAGUGGAAGAUUUUCUCCAGUUUUUAUAUGGGGCUAUGGCCCAGGAUACCAUCUGGCAAAACGCCAGCGAGGAGCAGCUCCAGGAUGCGCAGCUAGCCAUUGAGCGCAGCGUGAUGAACCGCAUCUUCAAACUUGCCUUCUACCCCAAUCAGGAUGGAGACAUCUUGCGUGACCAGGUCCUUCAUGAGCAUAUCCAAAGGCUGUCGAAGGUGGUGACGGCAAACCAUAAAGCCCUUCAGAUACCUGAGGUUUACCUCCGGGAGGCACCGUGGCCAUCUGCGCAGUCUGAAAUCCGCACAAUAAGCGCUUACAAAACCCCGCGAGACAAAGUGCAGUGUAUUCUGAGGAUGUGCUCAACUAUCAUGAACCUGCUGAGCCUGGCCAAUGAAGAUUCGGUGCCUGGGGCGGAUGACUUUGUUCCUGUCCUGGUCUUUGUUCUCAUAAAAGCAAAUCCCCCGUGCUUGUUGUCCACUGUUCAGUACAUUAGUAGUUUUUAUGCUAACUGUUUGUCUGGAGAAGAAUCGUACUGGUGGAUGCAGUUCACAGCUGCGGUUGAAUUCAUUAAGACCAUUGAUGAUCGCAAGUGACCUGCGGCUUCGCCAGCGUGGGCAGACGUGUAGCAGGGAGGAGCCUGUCAGAAUGUGCAUCAGCUGUUUGAAAGCUGAAGAAGAGACUUUCCGUGUAUAAUAUUGUACAGAGCUGAGGCAUUUUAAACAGAUCUUUACUAAUCAGAUUAAUUUAACAGGUUUCCCUUUCCUCUCUUUUGGUUACAUCUCUUCCCCCUACAGCUAUUAGCACUGCAAAAAGGGACCACGUUUUUCAGGUAUUUCAAAAUCUGAAAGUGUUUUAGGAAGCUCUUUGCCACACUUCUUGCACAAGAUACACUAUGUUUUCCCCUUAGGCUUCUAUUCACAAAAAAAUGCAUUUCUUUUGUUUCUAGCCAAAAGAUUAGGACUACCACUUUUUAAGAUCCUUUUUAGUUUAAUACACUUUUUGUUCAGAAAACCCCAGCCACACGGAAGGGUUGUAGCAGUCGGCAUUUAGUUAACAGUUGUAUUUCACCUGCCGUAAACUUCAAACCUGAGAGGACAAUGUAAAUAUAUAAUAUGACUAUAUUUAAUGAAUUGUAGUUAUCUUUGGACUCCAUUAUCCUUUCAGUCAACAAGCAAGGAUCUCCCCUGUCCUCCAGCAAGCAGCCUGUGACAUACUUUGUUGGCUGAGGAGGCGACUUUCUUAAUAGGCUAGGUUUAAAAAGGGCAAACCUAAGUAUUUAUUAAAAUGUAAUAAAGUUUACUGAACUUCCUGAAACUGGAAUUUAUAAUUCACAGGGCUCUCACUGACCUUUCACAUUUUUUGGCUAGGGCAUUAGUGUGUUCAAGUUUUGCAUUUGUAGAGGAGAGGGACUGUAAGUUUCAAUAGAUAAGUUCUAAUAUAAAAAGGAAUAGUAAAUACCUUAUUGUAAUAUUUUUUCUGAAACAUUGUGUAUACUGUACAAACCCCAAACAGAACCUUAAACUGUAAUAUAUAUUUUGAUUAGUCACAUUAAAUACAUAUGCCGGGGGUUUCAGAACGUUUUUUUACUAAGUGUUAUUUGUAUUGUCUGCUACAGCAGUGCAGGUUUUACUUGUUCAUAUAAAAUAUUUUGAAAUGCCAUAUGGUUCCUUAUGAAACACAUCAUGACAUCAGUUCAGGGUAUUUUUUACAGAUUUGUCUUGCCCUGCUCCCUUUCACAACGACAGAAUUAGGAAUUUAAAGAAGGUUCUUGUGCAGAAGACCAGGUGGACCUUGCUGAGAAACAGAACAAGAGAAUGUCUAGAGAUGUCCCAAGGGAUUCUGAUCUGCACAUGCACGGUCACUGGCCUUUUCCACUGUUGUAAGUUUAUCAAAAAAGACCCUUAAAUUGUGACUCCUUAAUGCCAGCAUUACGCCUCACUCUCCCAGUGCGUGCCGUAUUGCUGGCAAUGAGGUGAGCCAGACUUUGUGGCCACCAGAAGUAAAAACAAAACCCAACCCCCCUAUAUAACCUGCUUUAUUAACCCCUAUAUUUCCCUGCUUUCAGCUGGACAGUUCACAUGUACUGUGUUCUGCACACGCAAUUGAUGGAAGACUUUUUUCUCCUCUUUUGGAAAAGGCCAGUGAGCUGUUAGAAGCCAUGUACAUCGGGCUUGACAAGGGAGUCUGUUUAAAAAAGAAAAAAAGCAACUAACUGGUACAUCUAAUGCUAGCUUGAUUAGUUGCAAUUAGAACAACUUUUGUACAGUAUUAAGUGCUUGAGGUGCAACUGUGCUGCUCGCUGGGCAUAAUUCAGUGAAAGCGACUUCCUGCUUUCAAGGCCUCAGUAUCUCUAAUGGGUCUCUAUCACUGUUGCCAUGUUAAAUCUGUGGGAAGUGGGUGGGAUGGUAUAGCCUUUUACUUUCUGUUUAUAGUCUUUCUCCUCUAUUAUAGACUUGAUCGUAGGAUAGAGCAAUACUUUCUAGUAGCAGCAGAGUUCCUGUAGUCUGCUUUACUCUGGUAAUGCUGAUCUUCAGUCCGAAUGGCAUUGUAAUGCUCUCGUUAUUUAGCCUUCAAGGGUUUUUGGUGCUGAAGACACUUAAUCUUGUAAUACUGCGUUCAUAGCCCUGACCAGUGGUGAAGCACAAUCCUGCCCUCGAAGGAAUGGCCAGAUCACACCUAAAAGCAAUAUCAACUGGUUGUACCACAACUGGAGUGUCCUGUUGAAUUAAUUCGUUACUGCAGAUUUGUCGUGCUGGUAUCCAUGCACCAAUACCCCGUAGUCCUGCCGUUUGGGUUCCAGGCAAGGAGAAGAUUUGGUCUCCCAAAUCCGCCUUGUCGUAAACUGUUUUCUCAAAAUGUAGCGUAUGGCACAGCAGCACCUUAUGAGGGAGCAGUCACGUCUGUCACGGGCAGGCCGGGCACAGAGCAGUCGGCUCCUAAACGGCCUUCAGGACUUGUUCUGCCCGGGAAGGUGUCUUCCCUGGCAAAGCCCGUUCUCUUCACAGUCUGUAUUACUUUGCUGCUUCUCUGUGGAGAAAAAUUACUGAAAAAAGUUUGAUUUUUUUUUUUUUUUUUUAAAUGAAAUUAUUUUAGAAAAAGUAAAGAUUUGUACAAGUCCCAGCACAGACAGGAGUCUCACAGCAAGAGGGUCUUUUGCUUAUUCUUAUUUUUUAUUUUAAACCUGCUACAAAAGCCUUUUAUACCAUGUUAUUGAUGGCCGUAGUAAAAGGAUUAGGCUUUCCAAAGAAUUAGAAGUCUGACUGUAACGUGUCUGUUUUCCUGGUGGCUGUACGAUUUUGUUUGACAAUGUUAAAUGAUGUGUACGGGACGAUGCCUGCUCGGGUUUCUGUUGUGCAAUAGUUAGAGGUGAAGAUGGAAAGCACAAAGGACCAAACGGUACCAACUGUUUUGCCAAAAGGCUGCAGCCCAGCCAUGUCUGCACCCUGCACUUCAGCCAUGCAAGGGUACACUGAACAACUGUUCUGGGGAGGAGAGGCUCUUUGCAGCCCGCUGUCUGCACAGACUGAAGGCCCAGUUGUUGAAGUCAGGGGUGCUUUUGCAAGAGUGCGGAGGAAUAAUUGACUAAUUGUCUCGAUCCAGCUGUUCCCUUCACGCUGGUGUUUGCUAUUCCUGUGUCCUGAGCUGAGCAUUGGGUCUUUCAUCCCCAGGGGAUCCCCCCGCCCUACAACCCCUGGUGGCUUUAUUUCUUCCUUAAAAUCUUGUUAAGCUCCUUUUCUAAGGAGCAUUGGCACGUGCGGCCUGCUGUCAUUUUAGUUUGAAGUUGCACUACUAACUAUUGGAUGGAAACUGCCAUACACGGCAGGAGGAAGCCACGACACAACCCUCUUUACUUGAGGUGAGUUUCUGGUGAGCACAGUGUCACGGCCUAUUUGAAAGCAAUGUUCUGUUCAGCCAAAUCCUAGCAGAAGUUUGGGGACCCACUGCCAUGUCAGUCGUGCUGAGUAGUCUGCAGGGGAAAACCGGCAGGUUGAAAGGGCAGCAGUCAACACGCGCCCUGCUUAUCAGUGCUUCAAGGAAGUGAAGCUUGCUGUGUAGUGUAACUUAUGUGGCCCAGCUACUGUAUCUACACAGCAGCCUUAGGCUGGAAGUGUGGUGGGAGGCCUGGAGCAGCAGAAAAUCAUGGGCUGUAGAGAGGGGGCGGUUCUCCUUUCUCGGGGAUUACAGCUGAUCCGUGGGCGAGCCCCUGCUCCGGGAGAACGAGUCUGCUGAGUUUAUCGCGUGUUCUGUACCUCUUCAUUGUGCUUCACCUCUGUUUUACAAGCUUUGUACUGCCUCUCCUCUUUGAAACUGGUAACGCCUUUCUAAAUCAAAAUUAAUGAGCUUGCACAAUCUUGUAUACAGGAAGCCCAUCUUGUCUCUAAUGUGAUUAUUAAUGUAUGAUAUCAUUCUGUACAAACCGAUUAAAAAGGAGAGCAGUUUA